AUGGUAGGAGCUGCAGUCGUCGUGCAUAAUCCUGAUGGGACUAAGGACACCACAAAAUUUAAACUCCACUCCGCCUGCACCGUCUUUCAGGCGGAACUGUUGGCAAUUUCUAAAGCCGUAGAAUGGAUCGCAAAUAAUAACAUCUAUACGGCCACUAUAUUUACAGAUAGCAAAUCAGGGCUCGAAGAGAUUGCGAAUCCCAACACCAGAAACCCGCAAGUGGUUUCGAUACACCAUACAAUCAAUAGAAUUCGUGAGGAAUGCAAGGAAACAAAUUUUGUGUGGGUGAAAGCGCAUGCAGAAAUAGAAGGCAAUGAGGAGGCCGAUGUUGCUGCCAAAAGCGCUGCUCAUCUACAUAAAAUACUGGAUUAUGACAGGUUCCCCAUCAGUUAUGAGAAGUACAUAAAUAGUCAGCGCAGCAAUGUAGAAACAGAAAAAUUAUAUACUGAAAUAGAUAACUCAAAAUACAUCAAAAUACUAAUACCCACAUAUGAACUGCUCACACAAGUAACUGAUAAAUUCAAACCGGACUUUGAAAUAACGCAAUAUUUGACAAAUCACGGCUAUCACCGCGAAUAUCUACAUCGUUUUUGCAUAACUGACGGGGAUGCGUGCCAAUAA